AUGGCUCUGGGACGAUUAUUCCACUACGCAUUCGACGCUGCUCUGCUGUCAACAGUAGUAGCUGGUGUGAGACGGUCAAGCGGCUUCGGCCCUCGCACUGAGAGUAUACCAGACGACACUAUGCGCUCGAUCGCCGACAAGUACUUCGGCUUUGGCGAGACCGUAUUCGACAUGCUGCAAGCUACUGUUGUCAACAGUCAGUAUUUCAAGCGAGAUAGGAAGCCAUAG